AUGAAUGAAACAUAUCAAAAUGUGGUUUCUUAAUAUUUUGAAAAAUUGAAAAAAGUGCUUCCUUAAAAGCUCAAUUAUUUUAAAGAGACAUUAUCUAAAUUCUAAGGAUAAGAUAAAUCCUAUUUUGGAGAUCAUAUAAUUGCUUUUAAAUAAGGAAUGCAGAUCAAAUAAAGUAAAAUAAAGGAAUUGACGUUAAAUACUCUAAUUGUAAAUUAUUAUAACAUUAUAGAACUUAGUAUCAAAAGGCUAUAUUGAUGGCUGCUUAUUAGACAAUACAAAUAACUUUUAAUAAUCAGAAACAAUGGAAAUAACAGACAGUAAAGGUAAAAAAAAAGAAUAAUCAAUGAAUGUGAUUGAAUCAUUAAUACAUUUAGUACAAUAAUGCUUGGUGGAAAAGGAUGAAAUAAUUUCAUUAGCAUUAAAAUUGUUGAUAUCACUUGUAAUGAAUCCAUUUUGUAAUAUGUAAUAACAUGAGCUAACAAAAAUAAUAAAAACUGUUGUGUAUGUGUAUGCACAAUCAAAAUCAUAAAAUAUUGAUAGAUUAUGCAAAAGCAUUUUCUUAUAAAUUAUUUUAAUAACAUUUUAAGGAAGCAAUUGUGAAAGCAUUGUUAAAAUGACAUUAGAUAAUAUUAUUAAUAAAGUUUCUGAUAUAAAAUAUUGCUAAUAAUGUGGGAAAUAAGGGAACUUUGAAUGUAGAUAAAAUAAAGUAACAGUAUGUUCUUAUAGAUGCAAAAAGUAUAUCUAAGAAACAAUAGAAUUAUAAUAAAAGAAUUAUGAAAAUGUUUAGAGUGUAUUAGAUUUGUUAAUUAGACUUUUAUCACCAAAGCAAUAAUUUCAAUAAUUAAGAAAUUAAAUAAUUUUACUAGAGGGAAUAUAUUUCAUAUGUGAUAAUUACGAUUAUUGUGUUGAACCUUAGAGUAUAUAUAAUUUAAGUUCAUAUUUGUUGAAAUUCUGUUUGGAGAAUGAAUAUUAAUUAUACUCAUUGAGUUUUAAAAUAUUUUAAAGAUUAGCAUUCAGUAAACAUAAAGAAAUGAUUAACUAAAUAAACAUCUUUAUAAACUAAAUCUAUAUAAGUAUUCUAUAAAACAAAAAUACAUAAGACUAACAUAAAUAAACAACUUUAGAAUCUUUGUGGAAUAUAUUCUAAAGAAAGCAUGCAUCACUUGAGUUUUAUUUAAAUUAUGAUUGUAGUAUAAAACAUGAGUUUUUAAUGGAAAAUAUCAUAAAUACUUUAUACAGUAUAUUUUAAUAAAAUGAAUAAUUCAGACCUGUGAUUACUUAAAUAUAUCAAUCGAUUAUUAUAGGAAUAGAGUAAACUUUUAAUGAAAAAGCUAUAAAUAAUUCUUAAUAAGAGUAAUAAUAACAACCUGAUAUUGAUGAAACUAUUUUUAUAAAUCAAUUAGAAAUGUAAAGAUAAUAGAAAUAAGAAUUAUAAAAAGGUGUUGAGUUAUUUAAAAAGAAUCCUGAGAAGGGAGUAUCAUUUUUAAUUAAAGCUAAUAUUUUAUAAGAAGAUCCAGUUUAGAUUGCUAAAUUUUUAUUAGAAAAUAAAAGUUUACCUAAAGAAUGUGUUGGACAAUAUUUAGGAGGUCAUCAUCCAAUUAAUAUACAAGUUUUAAGUGAAUACACAAAUUUUAUAACAUUUCAUAAUUUGUCAGUUGAAUAAGCUUUAAGAUAAUAUUUAGAUUUAUUUACUUUACCACCUGAAUCUUAAUAGAUUGAUAGAGUUGUAUAGAAAUUUGCAGAUAAAUUUUAUGAAGAUAAUUAAAAUAAUUAGAAUUUUCACUUUAAAUCUAGUAGUAGCAUUUAUACUUUUACUUAUCUCUUAGUUAUGUUAUAAACGGAUUUACAUAAUCCAAAAGUUGUUGAAAAAAUGAAAUUAACAGAUUUUAUUAAAUUAGCUAGAUAAAUAAAUGAUGGUGAAGAUUUACCAUAAGAAUAUCUUACAGUUACUUAUCAUUCAAUUUAAAAAAAUCCACUUGCAGUUAGAGAAUCUAGUACACCUAUGAAUUAAUUAACACCAAACUUAUAUUAAAAGUAAAUGGAAGAACUUUUAAAAAAAAUAAAAGAAUUAAUAAAAAGAUAAUCUGAUUCUAAUUACAUUCAAAUUGAUUCAGAAACGAUUUUGUUAUCAAAAGGUCUUAUUGAAUCAUUUUCAGGUAAAUUUUUAGAAAUUCUUUUAACUACUUUUGAAUCCUCUCUUAAUGGAGAUAGUUUAAUAAAAAGUAUUCUUUAAUUAAUUAAGUUAUCUUCAAAAUUAUCUAUGAAAAUAGAAAACUUAGUUUAAGAUGUCUUAAAAGUUGGUUUAAAUAGUUUAAAAAAAGGAAAUAGUAUGUUAAUGAUUGGUUUAUUAUCUAUAAUUCCAAAUAUUGGUAAUUCCUUACAUGAAUAAGGAUGGAAAUCAGUUUUAGAAGCUAUUAGUUUAAUGGAUGAAUUAAGAUUAUUAGAUUAAGAUCACACAGAAAAAGUUUUUAUGUGUUCAAAAGAUUUAGAUAAUUAAUCAAUUGAAGAAUUUAUAAUUUAACUUUGUUAAUUAUCUAAAUCAGAAAUUUAUUAAAAACAUCGUUUAUAUUCUUUAUAAAAACUUGUUGAAGUUAGUGAUUAUAAUAUGGAGAGAGUAAAAGUUAUAUGGAAUAGAUUAUGGUCUAUUGUAAGUAAUCAUAUAUAAGAAGCAGUCUCAUUUAGAGUUAAAAAAAUUACUAUUUUUGCUGUUGAUUCAUUAAAAUAAUUAAAUAUUAAAUUUUUAUAAAAAGAAGAAUUGUAUAAUAUACAAUUUUAAAGAGAAGUUUUAAAACCAUUUGAAUUGAUUUUUGUUAAUAGUGAUGUUGAUGAAAAAGAAUUUGUAUUGUUAUGUGUAAAAUAAAUACUUUAAAAUAGUAAAAAACACAUUAAAAGUGGUUAUAAGGUAAUAUUUAAUUUAAUUAAUGUUGGAUUAAAAGAAGAAAAUGAUAAAAUAUCAAAAUUAGCUUUUGAUCUAUUGAAAUUUAUUGAAAUUUAAGAAUUGAUAUUAAUAGACUUAAUUUAAACUUAUUAAAUUUUAGGUAAAAAAGAUAAUGAAAAUAUGGCAAUAAAUUCAAUAGAUUUUGUUAAACAAUGUUAACGAUUUAUGAUAACUUAAGAGUAAUAAACAUUGCAAGUACCAUUAUUAGGAAUUUUAUCAAAUUUAGCUGGAGAUAAAAGAAUUUAAAUAUAAACUUAAGCUGUUGAAACAUUAUUUUAUAUUUUAGAAGAGAAAGGAAGUUUAUUUAAUGAGGAAUAUUGGAUAAUGAUAUUCUCUUCUGUAUUAAGACCAAUAUUUGAUGAAAUAUAAUUUACUUUAAGUACAAAUCCAGAACUCAACUAAUACUGGUUUAAAGAUAGUUGUUAAAAGGUGUUUUAAAAUAUAUCAAGUUUAAUUAAAAAACAUUAUCAUAAAUUAAAAGGAUAAUUACCAGAUUUCUUAAAACUAUUUUAGAAUUGUAUUUAAAAUUAGAAUGAAAAAUUAGCAUAAUUAAGUAUAUAAGCAUUUAAAACAAUGAUAAUGGAUAAAGGAUUAUAAUUUGAAUAAAAAGAUUGGGAAUAAAUAUUAUUAUUUAUCUAAUAGAUGCUAAAAUCAACAAUACCCACUAAAUUAAAAGAUAUUGAUUAAUCUGGAGUUAGAUAAGAACAAUAGUAUACUGGUAAAUUAUAACGAUAAAAAUCGAUAUCGAGCAUCACUAACAAUAUUAUAAAUGAAUGUUAUAGUCAGUGUGCAUCUUAAUUAUUACUAAUUUAAAUUAGUAAAGAUAUAUGUGAACUUUAUCAUUAGAAUUGGAGUCUGAAUUAAUUGAGCAACUUAGAGAUAACGUUUUAUGAAUCUUAUUAAUUUGCAAAAUUGUUUAAUUAAUAAAUAGAACUAAGAUAUAAUAUAUGGAAGUCUGGAUUCAUGUAAGAUAUGAAUGUAUUACCUGGUUUACUUAGAUAAGAAAGAGAAGCAUUUUCUUGUAUGAUAAUGAUCAUAUAAUUAAAAAUGAAGAUGUUAAAAUAAGAAUAAUAAAAAGAAUAAUAAUUGAAGGCUUAAUAUAUAUAAGAGUAAUAAUUGAAUUAAGAAUAAUUAAAUUAGUAAUUAACAAAAGAAUAAUAACUGAAAGAACAAUAUGAAAUAGUUUUAAAUAAAUACUUACAAAUCUUGUUAGAUUCAAUUAAAUAAUUUAACUCAAAACAUAUCUAAUAUAUUAAUGAAUAAUAAGAAACUGAGGAAGAUCCUCUUAUUAAGAUAAAAUAAUAUGAAACUGAAAGAGAUAUGUAAAAUCUCAGAACUCUUUUAGAUGUUUCAAUUUUACCAAAGAUUUUAUUAUUAAGUGAUGAAGAGGUAGUUUUAAUUAUUAAUUUAGAUGAAACUUAAAUUAAGUGAAUUUUACGAAUUAUUAUUGAAUGCAUGUAGUUUUGUAAGUGAACACAGUGUAUUAUAAAUGAGUUGUUAAGAUUGUAAAAAAUGUGUUAGAUGUUUGAAUUAAUAGAAAAAUAAUUUAUUUUUUCAAAUUAAGAAAUGCUUACUAAAAUUGUUUGAGUUAAAAUGA